AUGGCCAACAUCGUCUUGCUAGACUCGCCAACUACUGCCCCUCAUGCAAGAACUAUAUGGAAUCCCAAUAGCGACCUGCUCAAUACGCCAUUGCGUAUUGUGUUUAUCUCCAAUGGAAGCCGUAUUACAGUAGGUGAGGGGGAUAUUCCAAACCCUGGGCGAUCUCUGAAAUCCAACCUCAGACGGCGUUCGCCCAUGGAGAUAGAACCCCAAGCUAGAGCCAUAAAGCGAAUACUCGGUAUAAAACCAAAAAGGAUAUGCGCAAGAGGCGUUGAUAAACUGAUACUAGUAAUAAACCGUGUUGGUGUUACUGUCCUUCAACUAACCCCUGACUCCCUGAGUCGGCAAUUCGGUUCCGGCAUUAGCGCAGGCUAUAUAGGGCUAAAACAUGGUGAGGAGGCACGGGAGCAGAUAGCUGGAAGCCUGGAGUUCUAUAAAGGUUUGUUCAAGCGGCGAUGUCGGAUGGAUUGGCCGCACGUUUGCGCCGCUGCGGUCAAGUUCGUGCCAUUCCUGGAGACAUCGUUUCCAGGAUAUAUGCAGGAGAUGCGAGGCAUUGCCCAAGGAGCGGGUGUCCCCGUGGAAUCUAUCGUGGCACUGAACGUGCGCACGGAGAUUGCAUAUGGCAUGUUCAGCGACGGCUGCACGGCUCUGUCCUGGAAAUCAGAGGAUGAGAGCUUCCUAGCUCAGAAUUGGGAUUGGGAGCGCGAACAAUCCCCUAACCUGCUCAUUCUUCAUAUCCGCCAAACAGCAAAUACAACAGCAAGCACGAUCCCGACAAUCCACAUGAUAACUGAAGCCGGCAUAAUUGGCAAAAUCGGCCUCAACAGCCACGGCGUCGGCGUCACCCUCAAUGCGAUAAAAGCCGCUGGCGUAGACUUUGCCAAACUACCCACCCACCUCGCCCUGCGCGCGGUACUCGAUAGCGCCUCCCGCGCCGAUGCCGUGGAGAUAUUGGAGCGGCAUGGUGUCGCUGCUGCGUGUCAUAUUCUCGUUGCGGAUCGGACGGGCGGGGUGGGCUUGGAGUGUUCGGCUAGGGAUGUUGUGCGGCUGGAGAUGGGAGAGCGGACAGCGGAUGGUGCAGGGGAUGUGGUUGGCGUAGUCACACACACUAACCAUUUCAUCCGUCCACAUUUGGAAACGGAAGCGAAGUUGCACUUGGUUGAUACCUUCGACCGAUUGAAGAGGGUGAGGGAGCUGGUUGCGGACAAAGUAGCGGCCGGCCCGCCCAGUGCUUCGGCGAUUGAAGGCAUUUUGGAGGAUGAACAGGGCUACCCGACUGCUAUUUGUAGAGAGGUAACAAGAGAGAGCUCCAUCGCAACCCUGUUUAGUAUUGUGAUGGAUUUGGGGAAGGGGAAGGGGUUGAUCAAAAUUGGAAGGCCGGUUAGGCCUGAGGGGUUGGUUGAGUUACGGUCGUGA